GCAGAGGGCUCCCAGUCAAAGUUCAAUUCACAGCCCGCAUCUGCGAAAAGCUCUCCCACUCCUUCUCUCGACAACGAACAACACCUUUCAGAUUGCCCAGGACGGGAAUAGAGAUAUUCUCUAGGCAAUCAUGCAGAUCUUCGUCAAGACCCUCACGGGCAAGACUAUCACCCUUGAGGUGGAGUCGAGCGACACGAUCGACAAUGUCAAGUCCAAGAUCCAAGACAAGGAGGGCAUCCCCCCUGACCAGCAGCGCCUGAUCUUUGCCGGCAAGCAGCUGGAGGAUGGCCGGACCCUUUCCGACUACAACAUCCAGAAGGAGAGUACGCUUCACCUGGUGCUGCGCCUGCGUGGCGGUGGCAAGAAGCGCAAGAAGAAGGUCUACACCACUCCCAAGAAGAUCAAGCACAAGCGCAAGAAGACCAAGCUGGCCGUCCUGAAGUACUACAAGGUCGACGGCGACGGCAAGAUUGAGCGCCUCCGUCGCGAGUGCCCCAACGAGACCUGCGGUGCCGGUAUCUUCAUGGCCGCCAUGCAGGACCGCCAGUACUGCGGCCGUUGCCACCUGACCUACGUCUUCGACAAGAAGGACUAAGCUGCUCUUGGUUGCGACGGGAUGACGAACUUUUCUUUUGGGGGAAAAAAUGGGAUGGCACGGAAACCACUGGGACGGGACAUGACAUACCCGGACCCUUUACCAAGGCGUUGAUGUAGCAUAUGCUCGUUUUUUUUUCUUUACGGCUCUGACUGGCAAUCAAUGGACUGGGAACUUGAUGAUACCACGACUUCGAACAACUGACCCGUUCUUUGCCGUCAUGGUGACGUUGCAUUUGUCGCCUUUGCCCUGUGUGACAUGGCCC